AUGGAGAUGUAUGAAAAUCUUGGCAUAGUGGGCGAGGGGAGCUAUGGAACGGUCAUGAAAUGCAAGCAUAAGGAGACAGGAAGCAUCGUAGCCAUUAAGAAGUUCAUUGACAAGGACAAGGACAGGAACUUGAAGAAAAUUGCUAUGAGAGAAAUCAAAUUUUUAAAGCAAUUUAGGCACGAUAAUCUGGUGAACCUGUUGGAGGUGUUCAGACAGAAGAGGCGUUUGUUCCUGGUCUUCGAGUUCAUUGACCACACUAUUCUAGAGGAACUGGAGCGCUAUCCUCGUGGGCUGGAGGGUAAACGGCUCAGGAAACACCUCUUCCAGAUUAUACGGGCUACAGAGUAUCUUCACAGCAACAAUAUAAUCCAUCGAGAUAUCAAACCGGAGAACAUCUUGGUCUCAGAGUCUGGCAUUGUGAAGCUCUGUGAUUUUGGUUUUGCCCGGACGCUGGAUGUCACGAGAGAGCCAUUCACGGAAUACGUGGCCACUCGGUGGUACCGGGCCCCAGAGUUAUUGGUGGGGGACAAAAAGUACAGCAAACCUGUAGACAUCUGGGCCAUGGGGUGCUUGGCAAUGGAGAUGACCACAGGCAUCGCCUUCUUAACAGGAAGCUCUGACCUCGAUCAGCUGCAUAAAAUUGUAAUCAAAGUAGGGCCCUUGACUCUUCAUCAACAGGAGCUUUACUUUCAAAACCCAGAAUUUGCAGUGGUCAGACUUCCAGAAGUUUCCCACCCUAGCAGUGCCAGAAAAAAAUACCCCAAACUCAACCCUGUGCUAGCAGAACUGGUGCAUAGUUGUUUGCAGCUUGAUCCCAUUGACAGGACUUCCUGCACUCAGAUGCUCAACCAUCACUAUUUCACAAAGGAUCGAUUCGCUGAGAAAUAUGUUAUAGAACUCCAGGUUCUGAUUCGAAAGGAAGCUAAAGAUAACUCCAUUCUGAGGCCAAGGACUAGUGCACACGAGAAGGGACAGCUGAAUGAGCACCUACCAGCCACCAUCAAGCAAAGCAAUACAAAACAACGAAAGCCUUGUUACGUGGAUUAUGAAAAGGAUAUGAAGUCAAGAGAGAAAAAGAUUGAACGAAAACCAUCAAAAUCAAAAGAGGGUAAAACAGAGGUCAGAAAGACAACAGAGAAAACGCGUUGUGCGGUGGACAGUCCAUCCCUAUACAGCUCACGAUCCUCCUCAGAAAGCCCCAUAGCAAACACAGAGAGGGCCACUUCCCCGGUCCAGGCCGGUCUGCAGGCACCGGCCCCUCUGAUCAUGCCACCCAUUCACCCCAACAAUGGCCUGCUAGCUGCUGCAGCUUCCAGCCUGGACACCAAUGCGACUCGGUGUCACCAUGAUAAAGUGAAAGACAAGAAAAAAAGCAGUCCUCUGGAGGUAUUGGCGCAAGAACCAGGCAGCGGCCAGCAGGGGGAAGCACUUCCUGCUGCAGCUAAGGUGAGGCCCAAGACCCUGUAUGACACAUAUGGCCCACAUGGAGAGCUGCUGAACAUGAAUAAAAAGAAAAUGAAGCCCGGCAAGAUUGAAGUGCGCUUUCCUGAACUUCCCAUUUUGGGCCAGCAGAUGGAGCUAAAGUGUGCAGAAGGAUACUCAGCCUUGGCCAAAGCCAACAACAGUGAAAUUUUUUUUUUUAAAUGUCUACAAAACCUUGCUAAAUUGAAUACACCUUUCUUUAUUACUGCCACACCAGCUAAACAGAUUAAAAGUCUAAGGAAGGAAUCAAGGAAACUGGAAGAGUCAAAAAUCCCUUCUCUUGAUCAAAAUCAUGGGAAACCACAGAUUUCUGCAGAUUCAACAAGUAUCCCCAACAACAAGAUCCGCCUGACUCCCAAAUAAAAGUCUCAGAGAAAAUACUACACUCAUUAAAAUGGGCAAUUUACUUUGGCAUGCAUUACACAUUGAGGAUCAGCCUUUUUUCUUUUAAUACUCUAAUAACACGCAAAUACAUCAUGUUGAUUCUUCAUUUGUACAAUAAAGCCUGUGGGAUAUUUUCUGCAGUCAUCA